CACACCUGCCUCAGUAUGCACGGGGUCAACGACCCUCCUCUCUUUAUAAAAGAUAUUAAGGCCGGACUGAAAAACUUAAAUGUCGUCUUUAUUGUGCUGGAGAUAGGACGCGUGACCAAAACCAAAGACGGCCACGAAGUGAGAUCGUGCAAAGUAGCAGACAAAACGGGCAGCAUCACUAUUUCCGUGUGGGAUGAGAUCGGAGCUCUUAUACAGACAGGGGAUAUUAUUCGGUUGACCCGAGGGUAUGCCUCCAUGUGGAAAGGAUGUCUGACACUUUAUACUGGAAGGGGUGGUGAGCUUCAAAAAAUUGGAGAAUUUUGUAUGGUUUAUUCAGAAGUGCCAAAUUUCAGCGAGCCUAACCCAGAUUAUCGAGGACAGCAGAACAAAGGGGCACAAAAUGAACAGAAAAAUAAUAUGAAUACAGGUACACUUGGACUAGUAGGAAAUGGUGUUCAAGCCAGCCCUGAAUCAAGUGGAUACCAUCUUUCAUAUGCUAGUAGAAGCAAGGGCCGGUGUCCUGUCAAUCCACAGCUACCUGAAGCAGCUAGUAAUCAAACAGUCACGUCCACAAUGAGUAAUGGCAGGGAUCCUCGGCGAGCCUUUAAAAGAUGACCUAAGCCAAAUAGUCACAUGUAGUUUUUAAACUACGUGCCCUACUUGAACACUUACUGCACUUUUAUUUAUUGUUAACUGUGAAAAGUUUGUCUCUUGAUUUCCUUUUACAUUUUUGGUUUGUUAAAGUGGAUAGUUUUUACAGCAAAAUUGUUAAGCUGCUCAAAUAUCCUAUUGAAUGGGAACACUGAAAAGUGGAGGCAUUUAUUUUUAGAGCAAAAAGCUAACGAUAUCACCUAAAAAACCUGCACCCGUUUCAAGGGUGAGUUACUUAAGAUGUCAGCUUUAUAGCCUCUGUGAGUCUAUCUUCUGUGUAAACUUUGUAAUAUUCAACAUAAAAUUUAGUGGGAGUUGUUCUGUCUUAAAUUCAGAUAUUGCCACCCAAAGCAGUAACAUCCAAACCAGACUUGUCAGUGCUAACAACAUUUUUUAGUGUCUUGACUCCAGGAAUGACCGACUUCAUUGAGUGGCUGCCAUUAAGAGUCCCAAAGACUGAAUCAUCAUCCUGCAUUCUUUUAUUACCAAAAAACAGAUUUCCUUAUGAGGAUUACAGAGUAAAAUGUGUUUAACAGGUUAUUUUUAGAAGAAAGUUACAUUUGGGGUCAUUCUUUUAACAUUUGUUACUAACAUUGAAGGAGAAUUUGAAAACGAGUUCUUCAAUGUUGAUUUUUGAAAUUGCUGUGUUAAAUAUUAAAGUGUAAUUUGAAGGAGUUAAAAAUUUUAGUGAACAUUGGUCUGAUUAUUUUAAGAAACAGUGGUGGCAAAUAAAUAUUAUAGUAAGGCAAUUCAGAUUGAAUCCAUGUAGCAGUCUUAAAGAAUUUGCAGGGAGCCAACUGAAUUAAACAUACCAGGUUCUUCCUUUUCUUGAGGUGCCGUGUGUUGUCCAUUUCUGAUUACAAUUCAGAUAGCCUUAUCACCCAGAAGUUAUUACAGCUUUAUUCAGAAAUUAUGUAUCAUAAGUGGUACUUCUUUUCACUGUAGGAGAGAUGCUUGGUAACUUUUCCUUGUUACAAUUCACUUCUUAAAUAUUACCUCUUGAAUAAACUUGUGUAGUGCUAACAAAUUACCUAUUUUUUGCUCUUUCACUGACUUCACAAUGGAGAGCCUGUUAUGUUUUACUGACACUGUGAUGAUCCAGUAUAACUAGGCAAAUCCUUAGCUCUGCAUUGUUUGCUUA